GUGUGUGAGACGAAUAAGACGAAUUCUCUCACUGUCUUUCAGUGGAGUACAGGAACAUGACAGUGCCGUCGCGUGACAGAAACUUCGGUGGUAGUAUGUCCCGACUGCUUGGACCGUGUUGAAUUAUUUUCGGGAGUGUAUUAUUCUUGGCGAGUGCACCAUUGAGAUUCGCGUGAAGAAGUGCGGCGUGUCUCUUAUGAGCGACGUAACGAACGCAUACGACGCGAAUCAUGGCGAAGGAUGAAGGGGACGAUGUGCUGCCGGACAAGGACGCAGCGAAGGGAUUUUAUGCUAAGUACGAGCCCAAAGAAAUUCUAGGAAGAGGAAUAUCUUCCACUGUGAGACGAUGCAUAGAGAAAGAAACAGGAAUGGAGUAUGCAGCUAAAAUUAUAGACAUCAGUAAUGAGACUAAUGAGGAUAUGCAUACUAUGAAGGAUGCUACGCUGCAGGAAGUGCAAAUACUUCGUAGAGUAGCUGGACAUCCAUAUAUCAUUGAAUUGCAUGAUGUUUUUGAAUCUAGUACAUUUAUAUUCUUAAUUUUUGAAUUGUGCAAGAAUGGAGAAUUAUUUGAUUAUCUCACGUCGGUCGUGACACUUUCUGAAAAGAAAACGCGUUAUAUCAUGAGACAAGUAUUCGAAGGAAUCCAGCAUGUACAUAAUCAAGGAAUAGUACAUAGAGAUUUAAAACCUGAGAAUAUACUACUUGAUGAUAAUUUGAACGUGAAGAUAACUGACUUCGGAUUUGCCAAAAUAUUGAAACAUGGAGACAAAUUAGAAGACCUUUGUGGUACACCUGGCUACUUAGCACCAGAAGUAUUAAAGUGUAAUAUGUUUGAGAAUACAGACGGUUAUGGAUAUGAAGUCGAUAUAUGGGCUUGUGGCGUGAUUAUGUUUACACUAUUAGUUGGCUGUCCUCCAUUUUGGCAUCGAAAACAAAUGGUUAUGCUUAGGAAUAUAAUGGAGGGAAAAUAUUCAUUCACUUCUCCCGAAUGGGCUGACAUAACAGAAGCUCCAAAAGAUUUAAUAAGGAAGUUGCUAGUUGUUGAUCCCAAAAGAAGAAUUUCUAUAAAGGAUGCGUUAGAACAUUCAUUCUUUCACACUGUCCUGUGGGAUCAAGACAUCGCUCCUCUAAAACGUUCUCUGUCAUCUAACUCGCGACGUCUGAGUAGGAUAUCUCAAUUAGCUUUGGAGUUGAAGGCGAAAUCAUUCAAUGCAAGGAAGAGAUUUCAAUUGGCAAUUAUUUGUGUGAGAGCUGUUAUUCGUAUUAAACGACUUCAUAUCACGCGAAUUUCGACACACGUAGCUUGUACCGACCCAUAUAGAAUAAAAAUUCUGCGAAAGGUAAUUGAUGGCUGUGCGUUUCGUGUCUAUGGACACUGGGUAAAGAAGGGAGAAGGCCAGAAUCGUGCGGCACUUUUUGAAAAUACACCAAAGACAGAAUUGAAGCAUCUGUAUGUUAGUAAUUUAAGUAGAUAACUAUUAUUGUUUUAGUUAAAUUUACUGAUCCCGGAAUCUCGAUGGUCCUAACGAAAUAUAUCUCAUAAAGACAAAUAUAACUGUCUUAAUUUUGCAGAAUGUAAAAUAUUCACGAUAGAAAUUUAUUUUUGAAAUUGAAGGUAUAGUGGCUAAAUAGUACUUGGGGACUUUUUACUUGAGUAGACUUUUACUAAAAUUUGUUUCUGUAUAAAGUUGUCUGCCAUAAUUGAUUUUGAUAUAAUCAAUUGCUAUAUUGAUUUAAAAUAGAAUAGAAAAAUUUAUGUAAACUAUUUAAAUCUGAAUUCAGAGAAUGUAGAAUAUUUUCAGAUAAUAUUUUUAAAUUGCACGUUUUACAAUGUAACAAUAUACAUACGUUAGUAUACCAUAUGAAAAUGUGAGAGUAAUUAUUUUGUGAAAAAUUAUUUAAAAAUCUUUGUUAUCCAUCAAAGCA